AUGUUUGGAAAAGUGAUUGUCUUGAUUGUUUCCAUAUUAAGUUUAUUACUUACAUACAAUUUCAUCAGGACAUCGCUUGUAUAUAAAAAUAAACAAGAGGUUGACCAAAUCUUAAGUUAUUUGAACAAAUACUUGACUUAAACUUAUUUUAAUCCAAUAGCAAUUAAAUCAUAAGUAACACUCUAAUAUUGAUUAAGUAUUAUAGUAUAACUCAAUUUUGGUCAAACCAGAAGCUGAUUAUUGCAAAAGAUCAGAUUUAUACAAAUUUUACCAUUCCGAUAUUGUGAUGAAAGAUACCUAUACUUUUAGAGAAGCAAGAGGAGUAAUAAGAGAAACAUUAAGAUCUUCUUAUUAUGAUUGCAUUCCGUAAAUGACAUAUAAAUAAAAAAACACCUAAUGUAAUAACAUAAUAUAGAAUUUGAUAGUUUUACCAAGACACGUGUUGCCUGUACAAUUAACUUUACCUUUUACUUAUUAUGAUUAAUUGGUUCAUAAAUUUUAAGUAGGUUCAGGUAUGAAAAUCAAAUAAUUAGAUAGAAUCAUUAUGCUUAUUCCAAAAAUACAAUCACUUAAUUACUAGACAUGUACUUUCUCAUAAAGAUAAUCUUAUGAAUAAUUAAUACUAAUAUUUAGACGAUAUUAGAAAGAGAGGACUUGAUUAAGAUUGUAUUAACAAUGCUACAUUUAUCCCUAAGACUUAUAGACUUUUUAACAAGCAAGAUUGUGAAGAGUUCUUCACAUAUUUAGAUUCACAUGAAUAUAAAACAUUAAUUGAAAAAGAGGGUCCUCAAUUUAUAACCAAAGUUGGUUUAGAAGUUCAUAGAGGAAGAGGAAUUAAGGUGCUCUUUCCAGAUGAAACUUAAAUUUUGCAAGAUAAUUAUAAACACGGUAAAAGAUGUGGAAUAGAUAAAUCUUUGCUUGUUGCUUAAAAAUAUAUAGGAAAUCCUAUGUUAUUUAAUGAUCACAAGAUAGAAUUUAGAGUCUAUUGGGUACUUGCAUCAACCAAUCCAAUUAUUGCUUAUGCAUAUGAUAAAACAUUAAUUAGAAGAUGCAUUGCUCCUUUUGAUAAAUUUUCUUUAGAUAAGGAAGCACAUGUAUGCAAUACUGCCAUUGUUUAGAGCACUUUAUAAAAGAAAGGAUCAGACUUAUUUAUGAAUGAUGACAAUUCUGAUGAAUCUGAAUUAUAUAUAGAUUGGAAAUUAGAUUAUCUUUAAGAUCUUUUAAUAAAACAAGGAAAAGUUAAAGACACAAAAUGGCUUUAAAAAUAUUUAUAUCCAACUAUUGAUCGUAUGAUUAUCCAUGCAAUCAGAUCAGCAUAAUAGAAAUUCAAUAGAGAUAGUAGAUUAGCUGAAUUUUUUGCAGCUGAUUUUAUAAUAACAGAAGAUUUAUAAAUUUAUAUUAUGGAAAUGAACUACAAUCCAUAAACAUUAAAGACAACUUUGGCUCGAGAAAAACAGCAUGCCAAAAUGACUUAAGAUAUGAUUGAAAUAUAAAAUGCAUAUCUCAGAAGCAAAUAUUUAAGAUUUAAAAAAAUUAUAACAAGAUUGGCCACCAAAAUGAGCAAAGAGAAAAGACCUCUUGAUUAAUUGUUAACAAACAAAACAAUCGAUGAGAUUAAUGCAGCUUAUGUUGAUAAACUGGAUUAAGGAAUAUAAAUAAGUGAAAACAAUCUAUUUAGAUUAAUAAUGGAUGAAAAUCAACCAGGAUUAAAAAAGUACAAAGAUCUGAUAUAAUAAAAGUGUAUUUGAUAGAUUUAUUUUUGAC